GAGGCGAGCGAGGAGGAGGGAGGGACCCGCCCGCCGCGCCCCGGUCGCCGGGCAUGUGUGGCCGCAGGCGCCCGACGCUGCCGCUGUCCCGGGGCUGAGCCGCGCCCAGGUGUCCCGCACGGUGCGUGCGCCAGUGUGUGUGUCCGCGCGGGCGAGCACCGCGCCGGCCCCCAGCCUCCCGCUCGCUACCCCCGGCCGCGGUGCAUGUUCGCCUCCUGCCACUGCGUGCCGAGAGGCAGGAGGACCAUGAAAAUGAUCCACUUUCGGAGCUCCAGCAUCAAAUCGCUCAGCCAGGAGAUGAAAUGCACCAUCCGGCUGCUGGACGACUCGGAGAUCUCCUGCCACAUCCAGAGAGAGACCAAAGGGCAGUUUCUCAUCGACCACAUCUGCAACUACUACAGCUUGCUGGAGAAGGACUACUUUGGCAUUCGCUAUGUGGACCCAGAGAAGCAAAGGCACUGGCUUGAGCCUAACAAGUCCAUCUCCAAGCAAAUGAAAUCUCAUCCACCAUACACCAUGUGCUUUAGAGUGAAAUUCUACCCACAUGAACCCCUGAAGAUUAAAGAAGAGCUCACAAGGUACCUUUUGUACUUGCAAAUUAAAAGAGAUAUUUUUCACGGCCGGCUGCUGUGCUCCUUUUCCGAUGCUGCCUACCUGGGUGCCUGUAUUGUGCAAGCUGAGCUCGGUGAUUACGAUCCUGACGAGCAUCCUGAGAAUUACAUCAGUGAGUUUGAGAUUUUCCCCAAGCAGUCACAGAAGCUGGAAAGAAAAAUAGUGGAGAUUCAUAAAAAUGAACUCAGAGGUCAGAGCCCACCAGUUGCUGAAUUUAACUUACUCCUGAAAGCUCACACUUUGGAAACCUACGGGGUGGAUCCUCACCCAUGCAAGGAUUCAACAGGCACAACAACAUUUUUAGGAUUCACUGCGGCCGGCUUUGUGGUAUUCCAGGGAAAUAAGAGAAUCCAUUUGAUAAAAUGGCCAGAUGUCUGCAAAUUGAAGUUUGAAGGGAAGACAUUCUACGUGAUUGGCACCCAGAAGGAGAAAAAAGCCAUGUUGGCAUUCCAUACUUCAACACCAGCUGCCUGCAAGCAUCUUUGGAAAUGUGGGGUGGAGAACCAGGCCUUUUAUAAGUAUGCAAAAUCCAGCCAGAUCAAGACUGUGUCAAGCAGCAAGAUAUUUUUUAAAGGCAGUAGAUUUCGAUAUAGUGGGAAAGUUGCCAAAGAGGUGGUGGAGGCCAGCUCCAAGAUCCAGAGGGAGCCUCCUGAGGUGCACAGAGCCAACAUUGCUCAGAGCCGCAGUUCCCACUCCUUGAACAAACAGCUCAUCAUCAACAUGGAGCCCCUGCAGCCCCUGCUUCCUUCCCCCAGCGAGCAAGAGGAGGAACUUCCGCUGGGUGAGGGUGUUCCCUUGCCUAAAGAGGACAACAUUUCUGCCCCCUUGAUCUCCAGCUCUCCAGUGAAGGAAGCCCGGGAGUAUGAAGAUCCCCCAAGUGAAGAGGAAGAUAAAAUAAAAGAAGAGCCCUUAACCAUCUCUGAACUAGCGUACAACCCAAGUGCCAGCCUGCUCCCCACCCCUGUAGAUGACGAUGAGAUUGACAUGCUCUUUGACUGUCCAUCCAGGCUUGAGCUGGAAAGAGAAGACACAGAUUCGUUUGAGGACCUGGAAGCAGAUGAAAACGCCUUUUUGAUUGCUGAGGAAGAGGAGCUGAAGGAGGCUCACCGAGCUUUGUCGUGGAGCUAUGACAUUCUGACCGGCCAUAUUCGGGUGAACCCACUGGUCAAGAGUUUUUCCCGGCUCCUUGUGGUGGGCCUGGGACUGCUGCUCUUUGUAUUUCCCCUGCUCCUCCUCCUUUUGGAGUCAGGUAUUGAUCUCUCCUUCUUGUGUGAAAUCCGCCAGACACCAGAGUUUGAGCAGUUUCACUAUGAAUACUACUGUCCCCUCAAGGAGUGGGUGGCUGGGAAAGUCAACCUCAUCCUCUACAUGCUGGGUUGCUCAUGAAGUUGAUAUCGCAUAUGACUAAGGGCUAUAUUCAAUACUAGUGAUUCUUUUUUUUUUUUUUCCAGUAAAAGCCUGGUUCUGAAUGGUCAUGGGGCUGUCAACAGAUGUUCCUUACUCAUAACCGAUUAUUCAAACCCUUAAGUUAGCUUUCCAUAAUUCACUGCACUUAAAUAAGUUUCAAUCAAAUACAGUUAUUUUAGUUACAGGUCAGGAGGAUGGCCUUUAAAUAACCAAAACCAAGUUUAUUUUUUAUUAUAGUGUAGACAUACUCUAUCUAUUAUAUCAUGAUACAUAAUACCUUGGAUUGAAUUAGAUUUUCCUGUUUCUAAUAGUUGGCACCAUUACAAGUCAUAAGGUUCAGAAUCAGAGUUUUAGUAAAAAUCCAAGAGAAAGUUUUUGAAUAUAAUCCUUAGUGAAAACAAUGUCCUCUAACCAAUGCCUAUACAACUAAAUUUAUGCUGGGUUUUUGUUUUUGUUUUUUUAAAAAUAUUUUUAUGUGUUCAAACUAUUUUGGUAAAUUUUUAGCAAAAAACAAACAAAAAAAAAGAAGCCUCCUGGAGUUAUUUACGUGUAAAGAUUCUAAGACUAAUGUGCAAAGGGUAUAUUGGGAAUUUUUUAAUGUUUUAGCACUGGUUUGUUUUUAAAGAUAUUUUUGGCCAAACGAUCCCAUAAUUUGUUAUAAUCUGCGUAUGAGAUAGAAAAUGGGUAGAAAGCUGCUGUAGUAAGUAAGCUCCUAAAUGGAACAGGUGAUGGAGCUGGAGGAUGUAGAAGCUGAGAGCAUCAAGUGGACACAAGGUGGUUCAUGUUUCAAAGUAUUAAUAUUUGGACAAGAGGACUUGUUACAUGCAUUUGUAUUCUGUCCAUAUAUUUUGGCUGGGGAAGCAGAACGUUUUGAAAAGAAAGUGACACUUUAAAGGAAUAAAAGUAAAAGAUAUGCUAGUUAAUUGCAUAUUAGUGUUGCAUAUUAACGAAAGCAGGAGCAGAUAGGAAUUGGACGAAUGGAAAGUAGCAAAAAGAGUUCCGGUGAGGCUGGCCGGUAAGUGGUGCAGGCGAACGGUCUGUGUAUGAAAGUGCUGGUGAUGCGAGUGUCACUCGCCGACGUGAAGAGCAGUGCACUCACGGUCCGAGUUAACGUGAACAUGUUUAAGUGGAUCUAAAUAAAAGUGGAGAAAUGUUAAGGUAAAUUUUUUGGUCCCUUAUGCCAUUUGUUGUGAUUCUGUGGAAGAAAUUUCAAAAAUGUGGUUGUAUGCGAGUGUGUGUGUGUGUGUGUGUGUGUGUGUGUGUGUAAGAGAGAGAGACAGAGAGAGAGAGAGAGAGAGAGAAUGAACGAACGGCUUUUUGAUUAAUGUCAAUGAUCAUCCUCUGUGGUGGUCAUUGUACUCCUUUGCUUUCCUGGUUUCCUUAAGAUCUUAGCCCAUUCAUAAUUAGCACUUCCAUUGAGAAAAUGGAGGGGGCUCCAUUUGAUAUACCAAUUCAGCUUGGGUAAAGCAGUGGCAUGACUCCCUGCCCAGACAGUAGGGGGGACAAAUGCUCUGGUACCUUCCUUCAUUCCGUUAAGUCCCUGAGAGAAAGGGCCUGAUGCUUCCCGUGCAGAGCACUUACCAAUACUGUGAUACAAGGGAGAAGGAAACGUGUCUAGAGCCGAAGGCAUGGAGCACAGCACUUCUCCAUGGAUCGAAACUGUUCCAUUGCCUUCAUUUACAAAGAUACAGGGCCCGUUUGUAGUCUGUCUCUAACUGUAAUGACACUCCAACCCUAUCAUUACUGUAAUUUCCAAAUUGGGCAUUCCAGUCUCACUUACUCAAUGAAGCUCUGAGUGCUUUAUUGGACAGUUAAUUUUGAAAAUAAGUUUUGAAAGUCAGUUCAUGAAGCUGUCAGUUGAGCAAACGAUAUGUUUGCUAUUAAGUUUGCAGGGUUUCAUUUUUCAUGUGCUUUCACUGAUUUAUUUUGCUUUUUAAUAAAGAAUGUUUAUACCUGAAAUUUGAUACUGAUAUAGAAAUAUAUUUUCUAUCAUUGGAGUCUUCAACAAUCUAUUUUGGAAGUUUGCAGGUGGCAAGCUUUGACAUUGAAGUUUUUAUUUUUUCCUUUCUUUUCUUUCAUGUGACUUCUAAGUCAUUCCUUCUGACAUAAGGGUACUCCUGCAGUCUGCACAAAACUACUUCCCUUAUGAUCUUGCAGCAUAUCACUUUCUUUGAAGUCUAACCACAACAAAUCAUCUAGCUGUCACGCUUUUAAAAUAAUAUUAGAUAACAUUUUAUAAAUUAUGGAAGUAAUAUAUUUUCCAUUGUGAAAUAUUUGAAAAAUAUGACAGGAUAAAUAUCACAUGUAAUCCAACCAUGCAUAUUUAUACUAAGGAGUAGUAAAUAUAUUAUUUUAACAUUUCCAGCUAACAUUUCUUUUCUUUUAUGCAGAAAUUUCAUUGCUGACUAGAAAUGUUUGUAAGUGAAAGAGUUGACAGAAUAGGGUCUGCUGAAUUUAAACAAUAGCCACCAAAAGUUACACUGGGAUCCUGAAAUGCCAUUUGCUCGCCAUAGAAUCAGAGCCUUUUAGAAACAUCCAUUUCAGUUUUGUUAGAAGACAGUCACCCGUUGCCUGAAUCAAAUGAGGAAAAGACUGCUUCCAAAGAUGGACAGUAUAUAAUAUAGUGAGAUACAGAGUUCAAAGCAAGUGUGUGAGUAUAUGUAUAUUCCAUAUUAUUGGUAUAUGUGUGUUUAUAUAUGAAUCUGUAUAUAUGUGUGUAUUUGUAUAAACACAACUGAUAGGCCCUUCCUACAAAAUUGUACUUAUUUUUCCCCAACUGAGGGAUUUGUGACAUGUUAUUGUUCCUUUUCCUUCUCAGAUAUCAUGGUGGGUAAAACCCACAGCCUCAAAGGUUUAAAUUUUCCAUGCAAACAACUGAGUGUACAUUUGUGGCUAUAUAUACAUAUAUAUAUACACACACUUAUAUGGCAAAUACAUAUACACACACAAUCUUGUCUUUAGUGCUAAUACAAGUUGGAUCAUGAAAACUGUAGGUAAAGUAUGUAUUUCUGUCUGUGCUUGAAACAUAUUGUAAAAUGUUAUGUAUUUGGAAUAUAUUUCAUGGUUUGUCCAAUAUUUAUAAACACAACUCGGGGUGAAUUCACAAUGAGUUGAUUUCAUUGAAAUACUAGGGAUAUGGGGGCCACGUUACUGUGAUUGGAGCCUUAUCUUUGUAUAGUGAAAUUUGCAUUUCUAUGUCAGCAUCCGGAUUGUUUUAUAUGUUAAUAUGGUGGCAGGAAUCCCUAAUAAAAAUACUCUGGGGUAAAAUA